UCGCCGUCGGAUCCGCAGCCGGAAUCGUCAGCGCAUGUCGGAUCGCCUCUGCCGGAUUAGUUAUGAGGAUACAGAAGGGAUCAAUUCUCUUCCAUGUUGAUCGCAGAGAGGCUGAAUGAUGGACAAGAACAGCUUCAUCAUCUCCAGUAAUAUCACGGCCACAAUCUAUAGCCUGUCCUCCGCCGUGGCUGCUUGUUCACUGCCCUCUUUUACCUCUCGCGUGCCUCAAUAAUCUUCGCCCCCUCCGAGAGGUGCGUUGCCCUGAUGCCGCUGACGAAGCCCCUGCGGUGCAGGGCCCGUCCAUCACCAUCUUCACCAGCUUUAUUACUCUCCUCGUCGUCGUCAACCCUCCGCUGUGGUCCCUUACGAUCCCACGGUGUCUCACUUGUCGCUCGUGCGCCAGCCCAGCUCCGUGUCCUCCGUACAUCGACGAUCUCCUCGCGUCUUAAGAAGCCCGGCCUUCCCUCCUCUUCCUCCAAUGUCAUCACACCGUGUCCUAUAAUCACCUCAACACCCACCACAACUACAACACUUCCACUUAUGGCUGCUCAAACUCGAAGUCAUGGUGGGCACGGUGGCCACCAUCACCACCAUCACCACCACCAUGAUAAUGUCUACCUGACUUCCACCAACACACACGACGCUGGCGUGCGCAUCACCCGGAUUGGCCUGGUCGCCAAUCUCGCCAUGGCGAUUGGAAAGUUCAUCGGAGGAUAUAUGUUUCAUUCUCAGGCUCUCGUUGCAGACGCCUACCACGCGCUCACCGAUCUCGUGUCAGAUUUCCUGACGCUAGGGACGGUCGCUUACUCGCUCAAACCCCCUUCGGAACGGUUCCCCAACGGCUACGGAAAAGUUGAAAGUAUCGGCGCGCUGGGCGUGAGUGGACUGUUACUUUGCGGAGGUGUGUUUAUGGGUUUGAAUGCGAGCCAGGCCUUGUUGAGUCAGGUUUACCCUGAGGCAGCGGAAAUGCUGGCUCAUUCAGGGGUUCUGGGACAUGGUCACUCGCACAGUCAUGGGGUGGAUAUUCAUAGUCCCAAUGUCAAUGCGGCGUGGAUUGCUGGAGGGUCUAUCAUUGUGAAGGAAUGGUUGUACCAUGCUACCAUGAAAGUCGCAAAUGAACGCAAGUCGUCUGUGCUCGCCUCCAACGCUAUCCACCACCGCAUCGACUCGCUUACAAGUAUCGUGGCGUUGUUUACUAUCGGUGGGACUUAUUUGUUCAGAGACGCCUCCUGGCUGGAUCCCGUGGGCGGACUGCUUAUUUCGUUGAUGGUUAUCAAGGCUGGAUGGGGUAACACUGCCACCUCGCUUUUGGAGCUCGCCGACACAACGGUGGAUGAUGAUAUCAAGGACUCCGUGCGCAAGGCUGCGUCCAAGGUCCUCACGAAAACCAUCGAUGGCGACAUCGUUCACAUUCGGGAUGUGCAGGGUCUGAAAUCUGGACAGAACUACCUCAUGGAGGUUGAAUUGGCACUGCCGGGCGACUGGUCCGUCAGUCGGUCCCGCGAGAUCGAGGAGGCUGUGCGAACCGCAAUCGGCACACAGGUUCGUGGUGUCAAGCGAGUUAAGGUCCGAUUUGUGCCUCUUGACCACGAACAAAAUACGUUUGCCGAAGAGUUCAUUCCCCAGGAACUCAGUUCACAAGCCAACCCCGAGCCGGAGGCUGGGGAAUCCGACGCAGAACACGAAUCCCAUUCACAUGAUGACCACGACCACCACCACGACCAUGAGAACAACACUCGCAAGCGGCGCUGAAGAGCAGAGAUGACUUGUCUUUUGUAUAUGAAUCGGCCAACGCCUUGGCGGUUAUUUUGAUUAUCAACCAUUUUCCUUCUGGUCAUCUUUUCGGACCUCAGCCAACGUGCAUAUGAUACCCCCGGGAUGGUGGCGAGAAGGAGAGGAAUCAUUGCUGUACCGUGGGAAUUGUGGUUACAAGUUCGCAAGGAGAUUUGCAACCGGUGAAGAGAAGAUCGGUUGGAGACCUUGGAUCGGAUAAAACUAGAUUAUCCGCUGGGUUAUUGCUGCAUAUUUGGAUAGCUGUGGCAUGUCCUUUGGAAAUAGAUUCACCUAUACAUAUACAAAAUCUAUACAAUUCAUACAUUCACUAUGCAUAAAGUAUGAAUAUCUCAAUUAACUCCAGGAAUA